AUGGAAGACAAGUAUAUAGGACUGCUUUUGGCCAUCAGCUCCUCUUUUGCAAUAGGAUCUUCUUUUGUGUUGACCAAAAUAGGGUUGUUGAAAGAUGGAUCAGGCGGUGAAUCAUUAAGUUAUCUAAAGAAUCCAGUUUGGAUAGCUGGCACAACCAUGAUGGCAAUAGGCGAAAUAGCCAAUUUCGCAGCUUAUACUUUUGCUCCUCCAAUUUUGGUUACCCCAUUGGGUGCUCUCUCUGUGAUCAUUGGUGCCAUUUUGGCCUCAAUGUUUCUAAAGGAAAAAUUGGGUGUUUUGGGUAAAUUAGGAUGUGCCAUUUGUCUCUUGGGCUCUAUCAUAAUUGUACUACAUGCACCGCCAGAUAAAGAGAUUUCAACAGUUGACGAAAUUUUGUCAUAUGCUGCAAGACCUGCAUUUUUGUUGUAUCUUGUAGUGGUGGGUAGUUUUUCGGUGUUCAUGAUUUUCAGAAUUGCACCUAAAUUCGGAUCUCAUCACCCUAUGAUUUAUAUAUCGAUUUGCUCUAGUGUGGGUUCUGUUUCCGUCUGCGCAAUCAAAGCUUUUGGCAUUGCAUUGAAGUUAACGUUGAGUGGAAAUAACCAGUUCACCCAUGCUUCAACUUAUGUUUUCAUCAUUACAGUAGUUGUUUGCAUAUUGACCCAAAUGAACUACUUCAACAAAGCUUUGGCACAGUUUGAUACGUCAAUCGUUAACCCACUAUAUUAUGUCACAUUUACUACUGCCACUUUACUCGCCUCUUUCAUCCUAUUUGGAGGAUUCAAUACCGCAUCUAUUGUGGAUGUUAUUUCAUUGUUAUCUGGAUUUUUGAUUAUUUUCAGUGGUGUCUAUUUAUUGGAUAUUUCGAGACACAACCCAGAUUCUGAGGAUAAGCAGUUGUUUUCUUCGAACAGUGAAGGUUUAGGCGAUAUUCCAUUGAAUUCAGAUUUCUCUGCUUUCCAAUUCAGAAAAUCCAUGGAAGCAAACAGGCCAGAAUAUGAAGAUUUGGAGCAUAACAGGAUGAACCAUGUUAGAAGAUCCGACAGCUUCAGUAUUUGA